UGUUGGUGGGAUCCGUUGCGCACAGCUGGUGACGUCGCUGCGCAGCUUCAUCCAACCGUUCUGAGCUGAGGUUCGUCCACACCAACGUGUGACUUUUCUCCUGUGAGAGGACGAACAUGGAGCUACAGGUGGAAAACCAAAGCCAGCCUCUGGACACCAACACAGGGAGGCUGCCGGUUAAACUAAUCCUGGGGGUCGGGGUGGAUAUCUUCGUUUCUCUGCUCAUAUUCGGACUCAUCUUUUUCCUCGGCGUGCUCGGGAACACUUUGGUCAUCACGGUUCUGGCGCGCAGCAAGCCGGCGCAGCCCAGGAGCACCACCAACAUCUUCAUCCUGAACCUGAGCGUGGCGGACCUGUCCUACCUGCUCUUCUGCGUCCCCUUCCAGUCCACCAUCUACAUGCUGCCCACCUGGGUGUUCGGCGCCUUCAUCUGCAAGUUCACGCACUACUUCUUCACCGUGUCCAUGCUGGUCAGUAUCUUCACCCUGUCCGCGAUGUCCGUGGACCGCUACGUGGCCAUCGUCCACGCCAGGAAGUCCUCGUCCAUCCGGGUGGGGAGGCACGCCGUGCUCGGGGUGCUGCUGAUCUGGCUGCUGUCGCUGGUGAUGGCGGCUCCCGUGGCGCACUACCAAAGCAUCGUGGAGCGGGAGGACAACAGCACGUUCUGCUGGGAAGUGUGGCCGGACCAGCAGAGGAAGGUCUACGUGAUGUGCACCUUCGUGGUCGGAUACCUGCUGCCGCUCGCGCUCAUCUCCGUGUGCUACGCAAAGGUUUUAAAUCAUCUGCACAAAAAGCUGAAGAACGUCUCCAAAAAGUCAGAGCUGUCCAAGAAGAAGACUGCUCAGACCGUCCUGGCCGUGGUGGUGGUCUUCUGCCUGUCCUGGCUGCCUCACCACAUCGUCCAUCUGUGGGUGGAGUUCGGCUCGUUCCCCCUGAACCAGGCCUCCUUCGUGUUCAGGGUGGCGGCUCACUGCUUGGCCUACAGCAACUCCUCCGUCAACCCCAUCAUCUAUGCCUUCCUGUCUGAGAACUUCAGGAACUCCUACCGGCAGGUCUUCUGGUGCCGGGCGCCCAGCGACUGUCCGCUCAACGACACCAGGGACCUCCGGAGCCGGCUGGAGGCGCCGCCGUCCACCAACGUCAGCGUCACAAAUAAAGCUCACGACUCUCAGAUCAGUAAAAUGCUUUGAUGCAGAGAGGAGAGUCCGACCUGACUGAUGCUGACUGAGGCUCAAUGUUGAUAUCAUAGACUGUAUAUAAAGAUGGACGUAGCAUCUGGCUCCAGAAUUGAAGCCCACCCAGAAGUGUCAAAAACUUGCAAUAUCACGCCGUCCGCUAGGGUUGGCUCCAAAAAGCUUUUUCUCCAUAGACCCCAAUUCAUUUUUGGAAAAAAUAAAAUUUGAUAGACUGAUUUUCUUCAGCUCAGGAUUUUUUCCUGUUAGUUUUCAUGGUCAAAAUGAGAGAUCAGGUGGCCGAUCUUAAAAUAAACCAAUACUGAAUUUUAAAUAAAUUGUCAAAGUUGGUGGAGCCAGGGGGCGUGGCUAUACUUGAUAGACAGCAACAGAAGCCUCUGCGGUAAAAUGUGGGCGGGAUAAGAGAGUCCUCAGCCAAUCCUGCCCCUAGUCGCUCUCCGGUCCAGUCUGUUUGAUGACGCUUUUUACGUCACUGGCUCCAAAAAAUCCAAAACUGCGACCAGGAAGUAGCAAAAUCCGGGCUUCAUUUCUCAGCGUUGAAACCAACGGGUGACGUCACGGUGAGUUUACGCCUGGUUGAUAUCUGAGGUUAAAGAGCUGAUGUAUUUGGGUUUUAAAACACUGUAAGGAGCACAUUGGGACACUGUUUGGUACAGCUGCUUGUUUCUCUGAGUUUUGUAUUUGAAUGUCAUUUUUAUUGUAUACCUGUGAUCGUGACAUAAUUAUUAGAAAUGUCAGCAAAUAAGAGACAGAGCAGAAAACAGGGGGCACUAGCAUCAUAAAAUACACAGUUUUGGAGAAAGAAGCUUUUUAUCCAGAACUCAUUGGUUAGGAAUUAUUAUUCAGGUAUUUAACAGGAAGUGUUUGGACAAAAGGUAGUAUUCUGUCUGGAACAAAGCUUCAAAACGAUGAAUAUUUGGACAGAAAGUGGUAUUUUUUUGUUGGAAUAAAUCUUUGAAACCAUAAGUUCCACACUUCAGCAAUCCAAUUUUUUAGGUGGCGCUAUUGAGACAAAAACAUCCAUCCAUCCAUUAUCUAUACACUAUUAAAUCCUCAUUAGAGUCAUGGGGGUUGGAGUCUAUCCCAGCUGACUGAGGGUGAAGGUUCACCUGGACAGGUAACAGUCUAUUACAUAGAGACAAACAAUCACACUUGCAGUCACACCUACAGACAAUUUAGAACAACCAAUUAACCUCAGCAUGUUUCUGGACUGUGGGAGGAAGCUGGAGAACCUGGAGAAAACCCAUACAUGUACAGGAAGAACAUGGAAAAUUCAUGCAGAAAGAUCUUGGGAAGGCUGGGACGCAAUCCAGGGAGUUUCUAAUUGCAAGGCAACAGUGUCAACCACCAAUCCACUGUAGAGCCCCUUACAGAAUGUACAGUAUUGGAGAUUUUUUUUAACCAGAACUCAUUAGUCAGGAAGUAUCUGUAGCUGGGUAGAAUAAACCCUUUUAACAGUAAAUGUUUGGACAAAAACUAGUAUUUUGUCUGCAACAAAGCUUCAAAUCUAAGAAUCUUUGGACAGAAAGUAGUAUUCUUUUGGUGGAAUAAACCUUUGAAACUAUAAGUUCAACACUUCAGCCAUCAUGGGCUGCACGAUGAAUCAGUGGUUAGCACUGUUGCCUCUCAGCUAGAAGAUCCCCCGUUCACAUCCCGGCCUUCCUGAGGUCUUUCUGCAUGAAUUUUCCAUGUUCUUCCUGUACAUGUGUGGGCUUUCUCCUGGUUCUCCAGCUUCCUCCCUCAGUCAAAAAACAUGUUGAGGUAAGCUGUUGAUUCUAAAUUGUAGGUGUGAAUGUUUGUGUAGCCCUGUGAUAGACUGUUACCUGUCCAAGUGAACCUUCUCCCUCAGUCUGCUGGGAUAGACCCCAACCCCCACGACUGUAAUGAGGACUAAGCGGUGUAUAGAUGACGGAUGGGUGGAUGUUCAAAAUGGUCCAAAAUGACUCAAAAUGUCAGAAAUUUGUUCUAUCCUAUUUUAAAUGACCCAAAAGAAGUCUGAAAUAACCAAAAAGAAGUCCCAAAAAAGUCUAAGUUUUAUCAAAAUGACUGGAUGAGGAUUAAGCAGUGUAUAGAUAAUGAUGGAUGGAUGGAUGGAUGGAUGGAUGGAUGGAUGGAUGGAUGGUUAGGAAGUACUGUUUGGGUAGAAUAAACCCUUUUAACUCUAAAUAUUUGCACAAAAAGUAGUAUUUUGUCUGGAACAAAGGUUCAAAACUAUGAAUAUUGGGACGGAAAGUUGUAUUUUUUGUUGGAAUAAACUUAUAAAACUACAAGUUCCACACUUCAGCAAUCAUCCAAUCUGAUAGGUGGCACUGUUGAGACAAAACAACCUCCUAGAAAUGCAGUCCUGAAACUACAGAUUCAGAAUAUUGUAAGUUGUAGCUUGUUGGUUGAACAUAAUUGAAACAGAAAUUGUCGUUAACUCAAAUAGCUCAUGGCAAGCUGUUGUCGUUGAACCUAAACAUCUUUUAGAGUGAAGAUCUAGUAGAUGUUUAUGGCAUCACAUUUGUCUUCUUGCUGUUUUGCUAAACUAUUUCAGACCUUAGACUUCAAGCUGCUAGCACCAGUUGGUCUUUACUGUUCCUAUUCCUGAAUAACUAGAAAGAGCUUUAUGCCGAUGGCACAAACCAAACUUAACCCUUAACUCUGCCUGGUUUUACCGCUGCAUGUUCACACAACAUCGACGUAACUGUGACUGAUUUUCGGCGCCAUGUGUUGCUAAGACGUGUUGCAGCAACAAAAGUCGGGUUGAACAGUCAGCACAAGAAGCACAAGAAGACUGACUGCAGAAGAAACAGUUGGCUUGGAAGGAAACAACUGAAAGCAUCAGUGACUGUUCUCAGGCAGCUUUUGUCCAGAAUGUAAUGUAAGAAAGAAGUGAAAAGACCUCCUGAGUUGGAAAGAGAAAGACAUUUCUUUAACAAAAAGACACAAAACUGUUGGGGUGUUCCGUGAAGAACGUCAGCAUAUAGUCUGUAAUCAUUGAUUGUUGAUUAUGAACAUUGAAACUACUGGUUUGGUUGGAGGUAAAGCAGCUGUAUAAUGACCUACUGCGAGAGGAGUGUUGUCUCCUACGAGUGCUUAGUGCUACAUGCUGUGUUGUUGCUAUAGAAAUGGCCUAGUUUUUACAUGUGUGUCUGAUCCUGAUGAGAGGUUCAACUUAUGGUCGCGAAGAAGAUGGCUUCAGCCCAGAUGAUGCAACUAGUGUACCUGGUAUGCUUAUUGUAUUUCAAGUGUCAAGGUGUAACCGACUCAUCGUACGACCAACUGUUAGCCCUGAUGGUACAAAUAAAAACUGCUACGUCCAGUUUAUUACAGA